CGCGCUCCAUAGUAUACUGUGAAGCAGUGCACACGAAUCCCCCCUCACACUCCCACUCCGGAAAAUGUCUGGUGCGCAGGUGGCAAUUUUAACAGUUAUUCUGUUGUUGGAGACGGCGACCGCUGGCGUCCCGCUGCAGCGAUACGAGGCACUUCUGAAGCAGCAGUCGGCGCCCACCGACGAGCAACUGGGUCUAUACGACGAAAAUGACAAGGUUGUCCAGCUGAGUGUGGGAAACUUCAACGAGUCCGUCUUGGAGCAGAAUCACGGCUCUCUGGUGGAAUUCUACAACACCUAUUGCGGGCACUGUAGGCGCUUUGCUCCCAUCUACAAGCAGGUGGCCGAGCAGUUGCAUUCCUGGCAGGAUGUGGUCAUAGUCGGUGCCAUUGACUGUGCGGCAGAGGAGAACAAUGGUAUCUGUCGGACCUACGAGGUCAUGGGUUAUCCCACGCUUCGCUACAUGGGUCCGGGUUUCCAGCCGAGUGCCAAGAACUACGGACAGGAUCUCAAGUCGCAGGAUCCAGCCGAGAUUCGUGGCUUGUUGGCGAGCAUACUGGUCGCCGAUAAUCUAACAAGCAGCAACAACAACACCUACUGGCCAAAUUUCCAUUAUGUCACGGAAAACGACUCAAGCUCCACCAUCUUCGAGGGACUGAGUAGCCAACGCGAGUUUGUGGCACUUGUCUACGAGCCAGAGAACUCCACCGUGGGCAUUGAAACGGCACUGUUCCUUCUACAGUGGCCCUCUCUGCAGGUGCGCCGUGUGAGCGAUCUGGCGGCGGCUUCCAAAUUUAAAAUUGAUCCCACCAGUCACCAAUUGUCAAUUGUGGAUCGCAAGGGUGAGAUCACACCCUACACACCGGCGGAACAAACUGGUCCAGCAUUUUCCGAGACCAUUCAGACUGCACUGCGCAAGAAGAACAUAACACCGAGGCCUGAGAAGGCUGAGAUCCAGCAUGCUCCGGUUGCAGCUAUUGGAGAAAAGGCUGAGCAUAAUGCAAUCCUCGAGGAAGUUCAUCGCCACAAGCAUUUCGUUUAUCAGGCAGAUCUCGAGCAGGCCAUCCGUACAGUACUGCACAACGAGGUGCCCAAGGUUAACGAGAUCGGAGGUGAACGUCUUCUUGCCCUCCAACGUUUCUUGGGCGUGCUGCAACGCUACAAUCCUUUGGGAUUCAAUGGACACCAGCUGCUGUCUAAGCUCAAGGACUAUGUGGUGCAGUUUAAUCAAGAGCUGACAGGCAAACAGUUCGAGCAAGAACUGCAGCGACUCGAGGGGCAACUGGGUCCUAUCUACUCCUCCACGCAUUUCGUCGGGUGCACUGGCUCCAGUCCACAUCUGCGGGGCUUCAGCUGCUCUCUAUGGACCUUGUUCCAUUUCAUGACAGUGCAGGCGGCCGAGAACGAGGACUCGCAGGAUCCCCUCGAAGUGUUGCAGGCCAUGCACGGCUACAUCAAGAACUUCUUUGGCUGCUCCGAAUGUGCUGAUCAUUUCCAGGCAAUGGCCUCAAGACGGAAGAUAUGGAGCGUGCCGAACAAGGAGGAAGCUGUACUAUGGCUGUGGGCAGCGCACAACGAGGUGAACCAGCGCCUGGCCGGCGAUGACACAGAGGAUCCUCAGUUUCCAAAGAUACAGUUUCCCAGCGAGAAAAGCUGCAGUCAGUGCUACCGCACGCCAGGCUCCACGUCGGACAACAUAGAAAUCAACUGGAACAAGGAUGCAGUUCUGAGCUUCCUCAAAAACAUUAACAAUCCACAGUUUGUAAGCAGAUACGGCGUGCAACAGGAGGAUCUGCUGCAUGCGACGGCGGAGAAAAUGAGACAAAAGCGUCAAAUAUCGAAUGUAUUCAGCGACAUUGACAUGAGGAUGGGCAUGCUUCUUUACGCCUUUUGCAUUGUGAUGAUGGUCGUGGCAUUCAAGUUGUUCGCCUUCAAGGGCUAUCGCAAGAAGCCGUACGGACACGACCUGCUUGGCAAGGUGUAGAUGUAGAUAGGCCGGAGAGAACCAAUCUAGGCUGCUUCCACUAAUUUAAGUAAUGACACAGAAACACCGAGCACCAUAUACCGAAACUUACACAAUGACCACCUCUUCAAUGAUUUUAUUAGGAGCACACACAAUUAUGUUUAAGUUCAAAGUGUAUAUAUGUAUGAGUACGCUUCCUCCAGUUUUAGUCCCGUAACCAUAAUGAUAACAUUCGCUUUUUUAUAACGACUAUUCAGACACUCUUAUGGAUUUUUCUUAAGUAUGCAAAUGUGAUUUCCCGCAAUAAUGAUUCACUAAUGACUCCCGUGUGCGUUUAAAUAAAAUGCUAAAUGCAACAUCUCUUGUU